AUGACAGUCAUCACCGUCGCACCGGCUGGCCCUAAGACGGCUGCAGCCACGAUCCGGGCUCUCUUCGAGCAGGCCGCUGCCUCCGGCACAUCCAUCCAGGUCAGAGCGUACUAUCGCGACACGGCCAGAGCGCCUCAAGAAUUCUCGGCAAAUCCCAGCUUCAAGGCUGUGAAAGGUGACCUUGAGGAUCCAUCGUCGCUUGACUUCUCGGGCUCUGAUGUGGUUUGGACCACCACACCACCUACUCCCGACGGGCGCGACACAGUCGCCCAGGCUGAGAAAGUGUCGCUAAAUGUGAGAAAUGCUGUAGAAGCAGCUGGCAGUGUCAAGAAGCUUGUGCUUCUGGGCAGUAUCGGUGGCCAUCUUACCGAAGGCGUGGGAGAGAUCAAGUCAAACAAUGCGGCGGAGAGGGUUCUAUCGCAAACAAAAGUCCCCCAAAUUACCAUCGCAAGGUGUCAUUAUUUCAUGGAAAAUUGGGCAAUGGCAAUGGCGACACUUAAGGGCCCUGAGCCCUUCAUCUUUUCAACUUUAACCCCCUUGGAUUACGCGAUCACCAUGGUGGCAGUCAAGGAUAUCGGCAAGAUCCUGGCGCGCGAGGUCUUGACUGUCGCUGGAGCUUCCACGAGCGACCAAGGCAAACCAAAUCCAUACAUCUUUGAGAUACAUGGGGCAGCCAAGUAUUCCUCGCUCGAUGUGCAACGAGCAGUCUCGAAGGCGAUUGGGCAAGAUGUCGCAAUCAAACCGGUUGAGAAAGACCAGCUAAGCACCUUCUUUGGCCAAUUCAUGUCACCUACCGCCGUGCCUGACAUAGUGGAAAUGAGCCUGAGCAUUUUGCCCGGAGGCAAGAUGGUCGAGGAGCCCGAUCCCAUAUCUCGUGAUAUUGUCCGUGGCGAUACGAGCCUAGAUGAGGGAAUCAAGGACAUCAUAAGCCAUGCUCGAGCUACGGCUUAG